AUGUUCAGCAUUUUCUCUAAACUUUAAUAAUAUUAAACACAUUUUUAUUUUUUAAUCGUUGGUUUAUAUCCUUUUGUAGAUAAAAUAAAGUGGGAAUGCUAUUGUUCAGCAAAUUAAUUGAAGAAAAAGAUAAGAGAGUAGAGAAUAUAGAAAUUGCUAUAAAUAAAGUCAGACAUAAAUAUGUAUUCAAAUCAACAAUGAUUUUAGGAAGAGUACUUAAUUCAGAUAUUCUUUUACGAAAUUUCUGAAUUCAUUUAUAGUAUAAUUCUAAACUCGCGGAGAAAUAGUACAGUAAGGAAAAUCAAUUCAAUCUCAUCUAAAGACUGAAAUGAAAAAAUAAUAACCAUCUGAAAAGUAAUAAAAUUGUUUAAGCAAGUGUUUAAGAAUUUGUUUCCUUUUCAAGGGAAAACUUAAAUUUAUAAAUAUAUGA